AUGGCAUCCACGAAAACUCGCUACCUCUGUUUUUCCCUCCUCCCUAUUUUCCCGCAUCUUUCGUUCAAAAAUGAUCCCAAACUCACUCUUUCUCUCUCUACGUUGUUCGUUCCUGUUAUUGUUCCUACAUCCUUCCUAUCCGCCAUCGAUUCUGAAGGCCACGAUCAUACAAUUGUAUUUAACCCUAUUAUUCAAUUUCAUUCUGAAUUGAUCGAGACUGAAGGGUCGGGAAGAAGAAGAUGUAUUGAAGAGUGGGUAUCCAUCCAUUCUCAUUUUGUGAUCGAAAUUAGGGCGUCGCAGAAGAGGAUUAUAUUAUUUCAGAAGUAG